AUGAAAGGUAGACAGGCAUUAGUAAAAAAGAAAAGGCUGAUAAUAUUCUCUGACUCUGUUCAGAAAGCUGACCAUAGAGGUAUUAGGAUCAUGGCCAGUUCUUUUUUAGAUCUUGAAAGAAAUGAUGCAGAUAAUGCACAAUUUCUUACAAAUGAAAAUGACAUGACCGAAAAAAAUUUAAAUACACCUCGUGGUCAUAUCGCGCUUAAUGUGAAUGCUGAAGAAUUGACUGGAAAUGUUUUGUUAGCUGCAGGAGAUGGAAAUAGAAACAUAACCAAGAAUAUGUCAGGGAACACUUCACAAGAUUUCAUAACCAAUGAAGUUGAUAAAACUUCCCAAAUGCUUAAUACUAGUGGAAAGAGAAAACGUGAGCAGAGUCCAGACACCUAUGAAAAAGAGCCGAUUGAAGGGGUUGAAGAUAGUGAAGGAUCUUGUCCAGAAUCAGAUGAAGAUAAUUCUGAAGUAGUUGUUGCAUCACCACAACCGUCAUCAGCUAUUACCAAAGCAAAUUCUACUGAAAAAAUAUCAAGAAAUAUUGAUGAUGAACUUCCAGACACUGUAACUUUGUUGAAAACUCCAGAAGGAGCAAAAGUUUAUGUAGUUGGUACUGCUCAUUUUAGCAUUGAGAGUCAAGAGGAUGUUGCCAAAAUCAUUCAAGCUGUCCAACCUCAUAUUGUAUUAGUUGAACUAUGUAAAGCCCGUGUUAAUAUUUUGCAACUGGAUGAAAAAACAAUUUUGGAAGAAGCCAAAAAUAUAAAUUUUGAGAAAAUCCAUUCCACUAUUAAGCAAAAUGGUUUAAUUCAUGGCUUAAUGUACAUCCUCCUCCUGAGCAUGUCUGCUCAUAUUACUAAACAAUUAGGUAUGGCUCCAGGAGGUGAAUUUCGACGAGCUUUUGCAGAGGCUAAACAGUUUCCUCAUUGUAUUGUGCAUUUAGGAGAUCGCCCCGUACAUAUAACUCUUCAACGAGCACUUUCUUCUAUCAAAGAGGAAGUUGAACGCUGUAAACGCCGUGACCUCUUAGAAGAAAUGCUAGCUGAAAUGACUGGAGAAUUUCCUGAUUUGUCAACUGUGUUUGUCAAGGAACGUGAUAUUUAUUUGACCCAUUCCUUGCAGGUAGCUGCUUCCAUACCAGUGUCGUGCCCUACUGGCGUGCAACCUCCUAGAGUUGUUGGUGUGGUGGGUAUCGGGCAUGUUCCCGGAAUUGUUCAGCGAUGGGGUAAAGUGCACCAAGAGGAUAUACCGCCCUUGUUGUACAUUCCUCCCCCCACUCUGACAAGUCGCAUUGUACGAAUAGGUGCAAAGCUUUCUGUGGUUGGACUUGUACUAUGGGGUUGCUCUCGCAUCUUGCCUAUUUCUAAAGUUUACCCUAAACUUUCAGAAUUGAAAACUGUCGUCCAGAAUGUCUUCCAGAUUAAAUUUAAUUAUUAAUGUCUGGUUUAUCUGUGGAAAAUGAAUUAAGUUAUUAAAUUCAAUGAAAUGAUUUUACUUUGACUUACAAGAAAUUUUAAGAAAUAUAUUGAGGUGACUCUAAAAUGUCAUGCUGAUGUGCAUGAUCUCUGUUGGACUGGUGUUCCCCCUCUUUCUGUAUCCGUUUUGGUUUACAAGAUCUUUCAUUGUUCUUAUUGUCAUAUAUUAAUACUGAUAUGUAAGAUUAUUAUAAAUUUCAAGGUAUGAGCCUGUGAUGUCUCAAAAUAUUGAAAACUACAUAAAAUAUUUUUAUGUAGUGCAAAGGUAUUUAUUAUUGUUACUUGUAAAAAUUAAUGGAGGAUGUCCUAAAAAGGAGUUUUGUUUUUCUGAGUACUUUAAUGGCUGUGGUAUGUCAGGGUUGAUAUGUGAAGCAUACCUGUUGUGAAAAUACAUUUUUAAAAGUGUGGUUGUAUAUUGAAUUUGAAAAUAUAUUUUGCAACAGUUGUUUGUGUUGGAAAUGGAAAUGAAUAAAAAUUCCUUGAAUUUCAAGGAAAUAUUGUUAACGGUA